UUCGGCCGUCGCAGGUCGUCGUGCGCGUUGUUGCUGCAAUCAAUUAGUUGAAAACAAGAACGGGGUAACUAACUUUGGUAAACGAUCAAGAUCAAUCCGUGCAACGUACCUUUGCACAGCCAAAUCAAAUCGGUCUGAGUGUCAAUUGCAAUCGCAGCUGGAUAAUCCACAGAAGUUCUAAAGCGCGACAGAGAUAGCGAUAGCGUGUGUGUGGAGCAUAAAAUCUCGGCAAUAACAAAAAACAUACAUACGAUUGAAACGCAAACGAGCCUUUGUUGAAUGCGCCUGAUAAGUGAACAAAUCGCGGGUUUUUGAAAACAAAACUGUGGAGGCAGCAAACAAAAUAGCAACAAAUACCCCCUGCGCCUCCUUCUCCAGCCCCCCCCUGUGGAAAAUCACGCAUUACGUGCACUGCACUGUUGUUGUCAAUGGAUGCGCGGCUGUGUGGGUGAGCGCGUGCGUGCGUGUGUGUGUGUGUGAGAGCUUGCCGCCACCGCAAUUGAGGAAAAAUUCACCCAUACCAAGGCGGCAAAUAAAAAUAAUCUCUGAUUGUGUGCGUUAGCAGUGACGUCGACGAGAAUCGAACGUGUUAAAGUGACGAAUAAACAAGAAGCGGGAAUAGGAAUAGGAAUCGGCAUCGGAAUAGGCAUCCACAUCAACAUCAACAUCGGGAAUCAUCAUCAUCUCAUCGCAAGAGAUAGACAAACAGAACAGACAGCCAAACAUUAGUACAUUUCCCUCGCACAUAUGCCUUUGAAUGUGGUUGUGUAUACACGACGAAUGUACGUAAUAGUUUGCCGCCGCAGACAUUAAGGCUCUCUAUUCCGUCUCUGUCUCUCUCGCCGUUACCGUCUCGCUCCCGCCCGCUUGUUUACACCAACGCCCACCUUCCCGCCCACUCUGAAUAGGCAUCAUGCACGGGAUGAUCGCAGAGUGUUCGGCUGGCGGAAGGGGCUUUCCAACACUGGCGGACGCCGAGUGACAUUCGCAGGAAAUAACGGCGCUUUCUUAAUGCCGCUUGAAAAUUGGAAAUGGAAAUCAACGAAUUUAACAAAAGCCGCAAAAUGCACGUUUCGGCCAUAAAAGGCCGACAACUGAGGCAGCCAAAGGCAGAGGCAGAGGCAAAUGCAAAUGAUGAUAGCACCAUGGUCAUUAGUAAUCAUCGAAUAUGCAACAUGAAAACAAGUAGUAGGAGCAGCGAACUAACGAGCGAUGGCGAUGGCAAUGGUAAAUUUUUAAUGUCAUGGGGACGUCGUCGUCGGCGGAGCAACAACAUUGCAGCAGCGAGUCGCAAUAAUGAUAAUUGCAAUUAUUCUACAACCAAUGAUUUCAAUAAAAUCAAUAAAUUGCUGCUAAUUACGUACAUGCUGCUGAUAACAGCGGCCACAAUUUGUCAAAGCGCCGCCCAGUCGCCGUCAUCAUUGAAUGGAGGAGGAGGAGGAGGUGGUGGCAACGGAGGAGGAUCCAAUGGGGCAUCCCCACUGAGUGCCUUUCUCAAAUCUGGAGGAGCCUCUUACAACCAACAGUUGCCGCAACAGCAACUCUUUGCCAUGCUGACCAGAAAUGGAGUUGGAUCGUCGGCAUCAGGAUCAUUACCAGGUGCUGGCGGUGGUAGCCGUGGAUAUAGCAACGCUAGACAGCACUUCAUGGCCCUCAGCGAAGAUGACUCGGAUGCCGAUGUGGAUGAGGAGGAUAUGGCUGCUUUGCACUAUCCCCUGGCCGCCUCACAUCCUCCGGCCGGCGGUCAGGGCUACUCCUCCAUCCAAUCGGGUUCACUGGAGACCAGUGGAUUCGUUUCCGAUGAUGGCGGACAGUAUGAGCAGGCCCAGAAGGCUCUGGAGGCUGCUGCAGCGGCGGCCAAGGCUAAUAAUAAGUACAACAUCGACUGCCCCAAGGACUGCAAGUGCCUCAAUGUCCUCUUCGACUGCGAUAAACUGCAUCUGGAACGGGUGCCCGUCUUGCCUAGCUAUGUGCAAACCCUGCAUCUGGCUAACAACAAACUGAACGACACAACCGUCCUGGAGAUUCGCAAUCUGUCCAAUUUGACAAAAAUAUCAUUGAAACGGAAUUUAUUGGAGGCUAUACCCAAAUUCAUAGGCCUCAGUGGUCUAAAGCACUUGGUAUUGGCCAACAAUCAUAUAACCAGCAUCUCCAGGGAGGCUUUGGCUGCUUUGCCUUUGCUAAGAACGCUAGAUUUGUCCAGGAAUCAGUUGCAUACCAUCGAGGUUAACUCAUUUCCGAAGCCCAAUAGUCUAGUUCAUUUAAUACUCAGUUUCAACGAGAUAACCAAUGUAAACGAGCAUUCGUUUGCGGCUUUGAAUAACCUUACGGACCUAGAACUGAAUAACAAUCGCCUGAGCGCUUUGCCCAUAGGGGUUUUCGAGAAUUUGAACAGAUUGAAGAAGCUAGCUCUCAACUUCAACCAACUGGAGAUCAACUGGUCCACGUUCCGUGGCCUGGUAGCUAUGAAGAACCUCCAACUGAAGUCCAAUAAAAUUAGGGCGCUGCAGGACGGCGUCUUCCACGUGAUGCAUAACAUCGAGACCAUUGACCUGGCCAUGAACCAGAUCAGUUCACUUUCCCGCCAGGGUCUCUUCAACCUCACCAAGCUGCGGCACCUCAAUCUCUCGUUCAACGCCAUACACCGCAUCGAGGUGGACACCUGGGAGUUCACGCAGUCACUGGAAGUGCUGGAUCUCUCGAGCAAUGCCAUCAAUGAGUUUAAGCCCCAGCACUUGGACUGCCUGCACCGCCUGAAAACACUCAAUCUGGCCCACAAUCGACUGCAAUAUCUGCAGGAGAACACCUUCGACUGUGUGAAGAAUCUGGAGGAGUUGAAUCUGCGACGCAAUCGCCUGUCCUGGAUCAUCGAGGACCAGAGUGCGGCGGCACCGUUUAAGGCUCUGCGCAAACUGCGACGCUUGGAUUUGCACGGUAAUAAUCUCAAGCAGAUCAGCAGCAAGGCAAUGAGUGGCCUCAACAAUCUGGAGAUACUCAAUCUGGGAUCUAAUGCGCUGGCUAGCAUCCAGCUCAAUGCUUUCGAGCACAUGCUGCGGCUUAACAAGUUGGUUUUCAAAUCGCUGAACUUUAUCUGCGAUUGCGAUUUGAUUUGGUUCCAACAAUGGCUGAAGAACCGCUUCCCACAGCAGGCGGAACACGCAGUCUGUGGCUAUCCGGAGCAUUUACUAGAUCGUCAGUUGAAGUCUUUAAGCAGUUCGGAGUUGGUGUGCGUGGACUCCCCGAAACCCAGUGUGGAACAGGAACCGGACAACAUGCUGGCCGUGAAUGGAGCCAACAUCACUCUGGAGUGCAUUGCCAGUUCUCCCACAGCGGCUUCGCUGGCCGCCGCCGAUGAGCUGAAGAUCAAGUGGCGCCACGACAAUCAGCAUGUCCAGGAGCGACCGGGUGAACUGCAUGACGGUGCCAGCACGGAGACGCAGAUCCGCCACGACCUAAGCACCAAUCAAACCUCCAUCUAUGGCUAUCUGAGACUAACGAAUGUGACCUUCGAAAGCGCGGGACGCUAUCAGUGCGUGGUCUCAAAUGCCUUUGGAACCACCUAUGCACAGAAGUUCAAGAUAUCUAUAGGAAUUCAUCCUACUUUCCUGCAAGUGCCCUCAAAUCUCACCCUGGAUGCCGGCGAAACUGCUCGAUUGGUGUGCUCGGCCAGCGGUGAUCCCACGCCGGAGAUAGCUCUACAAAAGUUUGGAGGCAGCGAAUUCCCAGCGGCCACCGAGCGUCGGUUACAGGUGAUUCGCGAGGAGAAUGCCUUUCUGAUAACCAACGCCAAGCUCAGUGAUUCUGGGAUCUAUACCUGCACAGCUUUGAGUGCUGCGGGCGAGAUAAAGGUCAAUGCCACGCUGGUGGUGAAUGACAAACCGCAGCCCAGCAUUCCCUUGGUGCACCAGGAGGUGGUUGUGGGUCGAACCUGUGUGUUGCAGUGCCUCAGUGAGACGGCCAAUGCAGAUUUUGAGCUGGAGCAUCCGCAUCGCGAGUGGUUUAAGGAGAACAAACCGAUACAUAUAUCGCCAACGGCUCCAGACGGGGAUCGCUACUAUUUUUCGAAUAACAAGGAGCUGCUCAUAAUCCUGAAUGCCCAGUCAAAUGAUGCCGGUCACUUCCGUUGUGAGAUAACGGACAACUCGCGUACAUUCACGCUCCAAUCGGAGUUGGUAGUGGUCAAGGAGAAUCUCAAUUGGGACGUCCUGCUGAUGGGCAUCAUUCUGCUAACAGUCACUUGUGUGGUGGUGGAUUGCUGCAUCAUUUGGUGUACGCUGCGCUACCAGAAGAGGAAGCUGCGCAUGAAUCUGGCUGCCGAGAGGUUGGCAGCUCGCACGCAGGCCAGUCUGCACUCCACUCUGGACAAAGAUGAGACGCAACUAACCACGCUGAAUCGUACGCAGCUAAGACCACAUCAGUCGCAGCUGGUCCUCGAUGGCAUAGCCACGCAGCAACAGACGCAGUUAAGGCCGCGCAGCCUGGCAGAUUUGGGCUGUGGCAAUGGCGAGGCGACCCACAGUCGCCUCAUCGUGACCACGACGCCUUCGUACGAACAGCGCUGCCUGGAGCAGGGUCUGACCCUAAGCUAUCUGCAGCAGGCGGACUUGGAGGCCCAGCAGGAUCACCUGUCCAGCAAGGACUCGGGCACCGGCUCGGAUGCGGCCGUGAAGCGCAGUCUGGAGGAUUUUGUGGUGGCCAUGCCCAGGCACAAGCAUCACACUGACGACGAGGAGGAGGAGGAGGAGGAGGAUGAAGAGAAUGACCUGCAGUACGCGCCUGCAAGGGCUCUCGGCAUCUCCGAGUACGACGACAUGGAUCUGUACGAGCUAAAUCAUGCUGCGGCCGAGCAGCAGCAUUUCCUGCAGAACAACAAUCACAACUACGACGGUGGCGGGGGUGGUGGUGGUGAUGCCGGUGGUGCGGGCGAAGCGGUGCCCAAGGUGCUGCCCCGCAAGUGCAACGCCGGAGCCAGCGGCAGCAACUACAAUGCCAUUCAAAAGUGCACGACAGUGGACAUUUGAAGGGAGGCCCAAACCAAAUGAGCAGGAUGAUCAGGAUCAUAUACCAAAAACUGGAGGCUGCACCACCUGGUAGCCCCACCCGCAACCCGCCCCCAAAACGAACAAAGACUGUUUAAAUCGUAAUCAUAAUUUGUAGACGGUGGACCAGACUUUAUGACUGGCCACGACCGCAGAGCAGGCGGCCUUAUUGAUGCCUUUUCGCUAAGGAUAUAGGACAGCUAGAGAAACAUACCAGUGUCUUCGUAAUUUAUGAAAUUAAUCGUUAGAAUCGAUUUUGUAGAACUUGUAAUACCUAAUAUUUGAUAAUCCGUAUAUCGUAUAUGUAUAUUUAUAAUUUUCUUUCGCUUGUGAUAUUAUUUAUUAUUUUGAUUGCCCGAUUGUUUUAGGCGUAACAUAUUCACCUCUGUAUAUAUCACUUAGUGUCUAAUUGUAGUUGGUACCUAGUCUCGUAAGUCGAAGCACACUCGUUGAUCAAAUGGUUGCCAGGAAAUCGGCUAUGACAGCUCCAAUUGAGUGGGAGUGUACCUUUAAUGGAUAUUUUGCAGUUACCUUUUGCUUUUAAUUAACUUUUUCGGUUGAAUUUGAAAUUAGUUUGCCUUAUGAUUGGCCUUGACAAAGUAUGAACGGAAACAUAUAUAAAAGAAAGUCAAAAUAUUUAAUAAAAUAAUGCAUUAUUCCAAUAA